AUGUGGCUGCAGGGUGCAUUGUGCGAAUGCAUGAUAUACGGCGUGGAGUUGGCCCUCUUCUUGAUCUGCCUCAAGCUCGUUAUACAACAGUUCAAUCGUCACGACUACAAACGUCCUGCGUCUCUUCUGAUCCUCAUCACUGUCAUCUUCAUCUUGGGAACUCUCGCCAUAUAUUCUGAUAUGGCGAUGACUCAAUUAUCAUUCAUCAACAAUCGGAAUUACCCUGGCGGCCCGUCUGCUUACGAAGUUGAUAUGUACUCGAUUCCAACGAAUGAAGUCGCGACUGUUUCUUGGGUGAUUGGUAACUGGCUCAUGGAUGCGCUGCUGGUUUGGCGCUGCAAGAUAAUCUUUACAGGCUUUUCUAUAGUUCCCCUCUGGGCAGUGAUGCUUCUCCCGUGCGGCCUGUUUCUUGCGUCAAUCGGAAUAGGCCUUGGGAUAGUGUAUCUCCAGAUGACUUGGCGAUCGUCUCCUUUCGCGGACAUUCAUGCCACUGUUCCCUAUUUUGCAACCACACUUUCCCUUAACGUUGCUGUAACACUGCUCAUCGCGAUACGUCUCUUUUACUGCUAUCGCUCCUUCACACAUAUUCUUGGACGACAACAUGGAUUCCGUUAUGCUAAGAUAGUUGCAAUACUAGCCGAGUCUGCGGCACUCAAUGCGACCUUUUCACUCAUAUUUCUCAUUACCCUCGCGCUGCACCAUCCAUUCUCCGCUUUUGUUGACCAAUGCAUGACCCCUAUACAAUCUGUUGCGUCACUACUCAUGAUUUUCCAAGCGCAGUCAAAGACGGCGCAAGAUGAUGAGCAUCUAACUUGGCUCCUUCCUCCGGCAAGCGCUGAAAUGCUCCGUUGUGAUGAUACUUCACUCUACACUCCGAGAAAUAGCAGAUGA